AUGUCUGCCCAGCAGAAACCGACUGUCAAGUCUUCACCCCCAGGGUCCAUCACCUCUUCAGACAAUGCAGGUGUGGACUCGAAGACAGGCAUCGACAAGGAUGCUGUCCACUCGGUGCCCCCUACAGCCCCAGCACUGGCGACUCAGCAGACUCAGCGUAUGGAGGCAGCUCUUGGCGACGCCAUUCUUCGUUUCUUUAGAAUUCGGAAGGGUCCAAAGAGUGAGGAAUACGACCUAGAUGCAAUCGCAACGCAACCUAGCAUCUGGGACUCCGAGAACCUUGAAGAAUAUAAAGAGCUCUAUAUUCACGAGCAAUGGGAAAAUAAGACAGCUUUUGAUCCAUCAUUCCGCUGGACAUGGAGAGAAGAGCGUCAAGUCAGACGGAAGGUUGACUGGAAGAUUAUGGUUUGGUGUUGCAUCAUGUUUGCUGCAUUGAACAUUGACAGAAACAACAUCAACAACGCUGUCUCUGAUAACAUGCUCGAUGACCUCGGCCUCACCCGCGGUGAUUAUAACAUCGGCCAAACAAUCUCCCGAGUCGGUUUCCUCGUCGCUGAGUUGCCAUCUCAGCUCAUCUCUAAGCGAAUUGGUCCGGAUCUAUGGAUUCCUAUCCAAAUUUGUUUAUUCAGUACUAUUUCUGCGUUGCAGUUCUUCCUCAAGGGAAGAGCCUCCUUCCUUGCGACCCGUUACUUGAUAGCUACAUUUCAAGGUGGCUUUAUCCCAGACACCAUUCUAUAUCUUAGUUACUGGUAUACCGGUACAUCGUUGCCCAUCCGCCUAGCCUGGUUUUGGAUGUCCUCCCAAAUAGUCGAUAUCGGCGUUGGAUUCGCAGCUGUUGGUCUUCUGUCCAUGCGGGGCAUUUUGAACUAUGAAGGCUGGCGAUGGAUGUUCCUCAUCGAGGGUUGCUUCACCUUCCUUGUUGGAAUUCUCUCAUUCUUUCUGAUGCCGCAAUGCCCAGCCCGGACGAAGAGUUGGUGGAACCCCAAGGGCUACUUCGAGGAAAAGGAGGUAAAGAUUAUCGUUAACUCCGUCAUCCGCGAUGAUCCUCAGAAAGGUGGCAUGUACAACAGACAAGGCUUGUCUGUUGGGCAAAUUUGGAAAUGUGCAAAGGACUACGACAUGUGGCCUUUGUACGCUCUGGGCCUGCUGUUCGGCUUGCCAAAGUAUCCUGUCAACCAGUACCUCACUCUGUCUUUCCGGCAACUGGGAUUCAACGUUAUAGAGACCAACCUGCUCUCAAUUCCGAACAUUGUUGGUUCCAGUUUGACAAUGCUGCUCAUUACCGCCUUUAGUGAGCUGGUCAACAAUCGGAGUUUCGUGGCGAUGGCGGAAGACGCGUGGCUGCUACCGUGUUUCGUGGCAUUGAUUGCCCUACCAGACCCAAUUGGUGCCUGGUCUUAUUUUGCCAUUGCAACAGUAUUGCUAUCAUUCCCAUACACCCAUCCCAUUCAGGUUGCCUGGACAAGCAGGAACGCAGGAUCUGUCCAGAACAGAACAGUUUCCGCCUCGCUGUAUAAUAUGUGGGUGCAAGUGAGUGGUAUGAUAGGAGCAAACAUCUAUCAACCCGAUGACAGCCCCCGGUACUACAAGGCCAACAAAGGUUUACUAGUUAUCUGCAUAUGGAUGUGUCUCGUACAAUACCCAUUUACCUUCUUCUAUUACCGGUGGAGGAACGAUCAAAAGGCGAAGAUCUGGGAUGCCAUGAGCCCAGAAGAACAACACGAAUAUAGAACUAAUACAACAGAUGAAGGAAACAAGCGGCUUGACUUCCGUUUCGCAACCUAA